UGCCUGAGGCUGAAGGAGGGUCCCCUGCAGAAUUUAUUAGAGGCCUUUCAUUUGUUUGGUUGGUGUUAUAUUUCUGUUCCUCCCACCGGCUAUUCCUUAUUAAAGCUCUCUCGUUCUCAUUCCCCACUUUCUUACUUACUUCUGUUGGUUCUGAGAUCCCUCCAUGGCAUGCUUAGAAAUGUACAACUCCGACCAGCAGCACAAAGGCCACCAUUGCCCGCCAAUGAGCCCAAGAAUCUCCUUCUCCAAUGACUUUGUAGAUUCUCAACAGAUGAUGAGGCAGCAAGAGAGAAGCCCCUUGUCUCACCCUCCUCCAGCUUCAUCAUCAGACUUCGAAUUCUCGGUCACGGGCUACUCCAUGAUGAGUGCCGACGAGCUCUUCUCCAAAGGCAGGCUGUUGCCCUUCAAGGACAACAACGGCGGCGGCCAAAUGCAGAGGACUACUAUAAGGGAUCAGCUCCUCGUUGACGACGAUGGUGAUGUUGAAGUUUCGCUCCGGCCACCGAAAGGGUCGUCGUCGUCGCCAUCGCCGCGGUGGAAAGGGCUUCUGGGUUUGAGAAGGAGCCACAUUGGGUCGAAGAAAGUUGAGAGGGUCAAUCAUAGUACUACUACUGAUCAUCAGGCUCCUGUUGGUGAGAUCUGUAUAAGACCUGGCAGUGGUGGUUUUGUUCAUGACCAGGAUCAUCAUCUGGUGCAUGUUAGUCAAAGAAGUUCCCAGGAGGUUUUGAGUGAUGGAGGAUCAGGAUGCAGGGAUAUGGAGAUUGGAAUAUAGAGAGGAAGAAGUACUACUGAUGAAUUGAAGUGAGUAGUACCAGUUUGGAAAAGUUGUUGGCGGAAAUGAUAGUUUCUGUUUUUUUUCUUUUCUUUCUUUUUCUCAUCCAUCUUUUUCCCAAGAGAGCUUUAUUGUUAGCUGCUUAAAUUCGAAGUUAUGGUUAUCUUUUGUAUUCAUCUCUGUUCUUUUUUUGCUUCCCCUGUUCUUGGGGAGAGCUUCCACAUCUCAGUUCUUCCUAGAAGUUAGAGUCGUCCCAUGCUUUUCCUUUUCUUGUACAAAAGUGAUUUUUGUAAGUUUCGGAAGUCGGAAAAGUUGAUUGAGAAAUGAGAAUAGAUCUGUCUCUGUCCAAACCCUCACUCUAAAAAGAAGCGUUUCGUCUAGCCUUCCAAAGAAACCCACUUUUGACUGGGCAUAAAAAAAAACAACUCAGAAAAUCAGAAGUGUUGACUGUAUUAAGAUGGGGUAAAUUGGAAGAAGGAAGAUACAUUUAAUAUGUGCAGUAGCAUGUGAACAGCAUAAGAUAAGAUGUUUGGUUGGCGAUUGGCAGGUGGUACUAUUAUCUAUUCAGCAGUCAAAAACCUAGUGAACUAGUCGAACUUUCUUUAAGUUCCUCAUAGCCCAUGCUGUUAGAGCAUUUAAAACUUGUCAUUGCAUUGCAUGCAUCUAAUAGUUGAGAUUGGCUAAAUUACACGUUUGGUCACUCUAAUUAUACAAAUUUUUCACAUUUGCCACCCGAAUUACUUUUCUUUCUUAUUCGCAACUAAUUUACGAAUCGUUUCACCGUAGCCACCGGCCGUCCAAUUCCGUUAAAAUCAUCCUACGUGGCAGUCAACCAAAUGCUUUGACCGUUAGUUUGAUGAUGUGGCCACUAAAAAAUAUUAAUAUAUAUUCUUCAAAUUAAAUAAUAAUAUAAUAAAUAUUAAUUCCUAUUCUAAUGGCAAUUCCUUCCGCCCCUUCUUGAUACAGAGCUAGAGCUGAUCCAGAUCCCGCUCAGUCCCUGAAUGGAGCAAAUUCAAGAGCGGUGGCAAUGCACUCUAAACACUGAUCGCUGUCUUUGUGAUCGCGAAGAGCCAAGCUUGAACUCGCUUCGGCGGUGUGAUCCUGCACUUCGGGAAACCCAGCCUUCAACACAUCAAUCAACGGUUGGAGAAGCC